AAAAAACCACACAGAAAGUAUUACAUAGUCACAUGACUAAAGAAAUACCAGCAACACUUCUAGCAGAGAGAGUGAAGCGAAGGAUGGAUGGGCAGCGUCGCAUCCUCCUGCUCACCUACAUGGUGGCUGUUGCCAUCCAUGUUUCUUUGGCUUUCAAUAUCGAUAUUAGAAAUCCUGAUGUCCAUAUUGGUGAACAAAAGGAUUUCUUUGGAUACAAAGUGCUUCAAUUCACGUCUGGCACAAAGAAAGGGAUAAUCGUUACUGCACCGCUGCAGCAAAAUGGAUCUGGGGGAAUAUGCAAACCUGACCAAAACCAAACCAUCCAGUGUGUCAAGCCUCAAGAUAUUGUUCUAAGAAACAAAACAAUACCAGUCAAACACCUUGGACUGUCCAUAGCUGAAGACUCAAAACGCUCCCAAUUCAUUGUUUGCAGUCCAAGUGUAAUCCAUGAAUGUUAUCAGAACUCCUAUGUGAACAGCGUGUGCUACAAGAUCACAGAUAAUCUUGAGCAAAUCAACUCUUUCACACCCACUUUCCAAGAAUGCACAAAAAAGACCGUGGACCUUGUCUUUCUGUUUGAUGGAUCAGAGAGUAUGACCAUUGGAGAGUUCAACAAAAAUAAAGAUUUCAUAAUGGAUAUAAUAAACAGCCUUAAGAACUCAUCAAUCAAGUUUGCAGCCGUUCAGUUCUCCACAGAAUACAGGAAGGUUUUUGACUUCAAUGACUACCAAACUGGUAGUUAUCUCAACAAACUUACGAAUGAACCCCAUAUGAGGAGCCUCACCAACACAUACAGAGCUCUCACAUUUGUGUUGGAAAAAAUCUUGGAAAGCCCAGAUGCAGGCGCCUCUCCUGAUGCAACUCAAGUUGUGGUACUAAUCACAGAUGGAGAUCCCAGUGAACCCGACAAUAAUGAUAUUAUUAAAAGAUAUGAUGAUAAAAACAUCAUUCGCUUUGUCAUUGGGGUCAAAAAGGCUGACCUGAAUGUUUUCAAAUCCAUUGCUUCAGAGCCGAAAGACAAAAAUGCCUUCAAAAUUGAGAACUAUGACGGACUCACAAAAGUACUGGGAACAUUUCAAAAAAGGGACUUUCAAAUGGAAGGCUCCAAAAUGGCUCUGGCAAGAGAAAUGACGAACGAAAUGUCUCAGAGUGGAUUCAGUACUGUCUUCUACAACGAUACUUUGAUUCUGGGUUCAGUGGGAUCAAACAGCUGGCGUGGUUCUCUCCAAAACCGCCAUGAAGAAAUAGAAAGACAAAUUGAAGAUCCACUCAUGAAGAAUGACUCCUACAUGGGAUACUCUGUUUCUGUUGGAGAGAAGAAGAACGCUGCUCUAUAUUUUACGGGUGCACCAAGAUUUGAGCACAAAGGACAGGUCGUACUUUUCAGACACGACGGCAAGAACUGGAUCGUAGCCGAUAGAAUAAACGGGGAACAGAUUGGUUCCUACUUUGGUGCAGAGUUGUGCUCAGUAGAUGUCGACUCAGACGGUAACAUGGAUUUCCUGCUGGUGGGAGCUCCACUGUUUUACCAGGCUCAUGAGAAGAAAGAAGGCCAGAUCUACGUCUACACACUGACUGAUGAGAUUCAACUUAAAAGUGAAAUGAAUGUGACUGCACAAUCCUUAGGGAGAUUCGGCACCACCAUAUCCAGCCUUGCAGAUCUGAAUGGAGAUGGACUCCGAGAUGUUGCUGUUGGAGCUCCUCUUGAGGAUAACAACAGAGGGGUUGUGUACAUCUACCUUGGGGACAGACGCAGAGGGAUACGCAGAAAUUUCAGCCAGAGAAUCAUGGGACAGAAAAUAAAGCCUGGGCUGAGAUUCUUUGGACAGGCUAUUGAUGGGGACAUUGACCUUGGAGAGGACGGACUCCCAGAUAUUGUGGUCGGAUCACAGGGCAUGGCUGUUGUCUUAAGGUCCAGGCCCAUCUUUAAUGUCAUGACACGUCUGUCUUUUCAACCUGAGGAGAUAAGCACCGACAACAUUGAGUGCUUUGGCAAAACAGAGGAAAAUUUACCAAUGAUUACCUUAACAGCUUGCUUUGAAAUGGUAGAAACAACAAAAAGUAAAGCAGCGGCAAUGAGCUCCAGUCUGAACAUCUCGUACUCGCUCGAUGUGGAUCCGAUGAGACAAACGUAUCGAGGUUUCUUCAGUCAAACCGACAAGAAAGCUAGGAAUCUCACCUCUACCUACGAGCUGAGGGGUGGAGACACCUGCUUCAACUAUUCCAUCUACAUGCCAAAAUGUGUGAAAGACACAUUAACCCCCAUCAGCAUCAAAUUAAAAUGUUCCCAAGUUGACAGUGAGAGCGCGAGUUCCGUCCUGAAUGUGGACAGCAACGUUCAGGCUGCUGUUGAGAUUCCCUUUGAAAAGCAUUGUAGGAAAAAUGACACCUGUAUUGCCGAACUUGAGGUGGAUUUCAACUUCACGAUCCCAACAUUAUUGGUGGCAGUAGAUAACUACUUCAAUGUGUCUGUAAAACUGUCCAAUCAUGGUGAUGACUCUUACAACACGAGCCUGAUGAUGCACUAUCCUACAGGCCUCUCCUUCUCCAUGAUGAAUCUGACAGAGGCAACGAGACCAACGAUCCACAUCUGUGAUGAUCUACAAGGAGUACUCAACAAAACUAUAUGUGGUGUCAGCCGUCCGGUGUUUCGCAGCAGAUCCGCUGCAACAUUUAGAAUUUCUUUCCACGUCAUGCAGGAGUAUGAGUGGAAUGACACAAUUUGGAUGACCAUUACUGGAGAAAGUGAUAAUACAAACUCCACCAGGACCAAUUCCAUCACCAAAGAAAUCCAAGUACAAUUUGAAAUUAAAAUGGCAGUAACAGUGAAAGAAGACCCUAUCACCUAUCUGAACUUCACAACAGAGGACACUGUACCUAAAAAAUUGGUUACUACAUAUAAGAUAAAUAAUCUUGGUUUCAAGGCCUUUCCAGUCAAUGUGUCCCUGUUUUUCCCAACUAAACUGGAACAUGACUUUGAAAUGACAGACUAUCAAGUCAUUGUCCAGCAGAACAAAACUCAAUGCACAAGAACUUUUGACAAGGAACAUAAAUACUGUUCACCAGAAAAAUACUGCAAAGUCAUUGUGUGUGACAGUUUCAUCCUGGACAAUGACUCACCCACCGAGUUAACAUUGUCAGGAGACGUGCAAUUUAGGGAUCUCAAACAGCAAGCAGCGAAUAUUGCCUUCCUUAAACGAUAUACUGGAGAUGGCUCAGAAGUUAAAUUUAAAAGCUUUAUACAGGUUAACUAUGACAAACAACGAUAUGCGCUGAAGUCUUACGAACAGGAGAAGUCUGACAACGAUCCAACAAUGAAAUGGACUGAAGUUCGAGUUGAGUUCAUAAUCCUCCCAGAUCAACUGCUGAUCAUUUCAACUGGAGUUGUAAUGGGACUCUUGCUCCUGAUCAUGAUCACAGUCAUCAUGUUUAAGUUGGGUUGUUUUAAGAGGAAAACGCUGGAGUAUUAUCAGAAAACAGGAGGCUUGGCUGUCAGCCAAUCAGAGACUCAUGGCAAAUUUGACCAACCUGCAGAGGAAAAAUGGCUUCUUGAUGACGAUGAGGGGAGCGGCAGCCCCCCACAAGUUGAUGCAGUGGAGGGACUGGAUUAAAUGUAUAAAUAAUAUUGAUACAUUUUGUCAAAUGUACUUAUUCGCUUUCUUGCUGAGAGUUAGAACCACCUGCUUGGAAAGUUAUCAGCCCAUUGGCUAGGUUAUCUGUGGUUAUUAGCCUUAUAUAUAUGUUUUAGAAGGGACCUAGUACUCGUCCAUGCCGAUGGUUGGGUAAAAUAAAGCACAGGACUUUCUCUCCAGAGACUGCCCUUUGUCUCCUGUUUAAACCAAAACUCAACACGCUGACUUAUUUAAGUUACGGAACAUACCUAACUUACGAUAUGUAUAUACUAUAAUUACUAUACUUAUGUAACAAACAUACUGAUUUUAACUCAAACCAUUUUUUCCUAAAUCUAACCAAACCGUUUUGGCUAUACCUAAAAACAAGUUGUUUUGUUUUGAAUUGAUUUUGUUUGGAUUCACAACAUUAAACUGUAACCGUUAAGUUAAGUUUCACUUUUGCAACGUGCGGUUUGGUGCAGUUUGCCCAUUUUGCCCCGUCUGAGGCAUUAAAAUUGUAGUGAACAACUGAUAACGACCAUUCAAUGAUAACAUUCAAAACUGAUGACAUCACAUAUGUCUGUCUGUUAAUCAUGAAGCUGGAGCCAGUAGAUGUUACCUUAGCUUAACAUAAAGACUAGAAACAAUAAUAAACCUAGAAAAUAAUGCUGUAAUGUGGCCUGAUAAGCAGUAGUCCUUUGGUUGGUAACACUACAAUACAGUACAGAAAUAAAUAAAUUGUUAGUAGUCACUCAGGAUGAAGUGAGAAGCAACUCAAUUGUAGAAACUCUAAUAAUGUAUUUUAGCCUCACUUUUUCUUUCGCCCUCAAUUCCGCUAUUUUCCCACCCUGUCUCCUUUUGACCACAUAGCACUUACUGUUUGGACUGGAAUUGUACAUCAGCUUUUGUGUAAAUGUAAAGUAUUAUAAACAUACCUUCCAGUGUCAUUUUUUGUACUUGUAAGAAACAAAUUAAAAAUAUAUUUUGUUUUUAA